ACAUGACAGAUGUCUAGUUUAUGCAGCACAGCCUUGACUUUGCGUACAAGAUAACAACAAACGAUGUAUUUGGAAGCAUUGUGCAACUUUGAAUGGGACACGUGUAGUGUUUUGUAGUGGUUGGCAAAUGUCGAGAUCUCCAGUGGUUUAAGUCAUUGGUGUCAGUUGGACAUUUGGUAUAAUCAGAGACGUAGAUAUCUACGUCUCUGGUAUAAUUUUGAUGUUUUAGUUGCCUCAAAUUGAUAACAAAUUAACAAUUAGUGAAUUACAAUGUACAUGUCAUUUUGCAAGCAUCAGUAUUUUAAGGGUUAAAUUAAACAUGACUCAUUUAACGUAGACAUAUGUUUAAUAUGAUGAUAAUUGACACAUUACCAUAACGAAAAUAGCACAGAAAUUCGGAUGGAGUUUCAAAACGUUUGUACAUGGCUGGUGGCAAUAAUUGCAACAUGUGCUUCGAGUGUGACAGUCCAGGUAGACACGGCUGUCAAGCGCCAACCUCCCGGACUAAAGUCACCAAUGAAGGUAUGGUGGGCCAAGGAGUUAACGCCAGAUUUCCAUAUUGCUGGUCGCUUGACUGAACGGCAGAUCAAAUAUGCAUCAGAGGCUGGCUUCAGAAGUAUUCUCUCGUUGUUCAUGUAUGAGACCAAUGACGGUGGCAAUUUUGGUGGAGAAUAUUUGCCAACUACUGCCGAAGCCUGGGCUACAGCGCAUAUGGCAGGUUUACAAUAUGUCGCGCUCAUUGGCGGAAAUGAUGACUGGACCAGCAUUGACACUAUUCAAAGAUUUCAUGAUGUAUUACCGGCUUUGAGAAAGCCAAUAUUGUUACAUUGUGACCGCGGAUAUACAAUCACAUUUGUAACGUUAAUGCAUAUGGCAAACCAGACCAGACACAAUUCCAGUUUUGAACCGAAGAUUUACAGCCAUAAUUUUUAUAAAAUUACGGCAGCUAUGGGUCUGGAUUUUACUCACGAUGACAUGAAAGAAGUUGUUGCUAACGUAACUGGUGAACCCGUGGUAGAGAAACCACCAAAACAUAAUUGUGAACCUGAAGAAUGGCGGGACUUCUGGUUAGCACAUCCGAUUUCCAAGAAUUGGUAUAUGGGAGGCCAAGUACGAAAAUGUGAUGUGAAAAUUCUAGAGCAGACUGGAUUUAAAGCAAUUAUAAAUAUGAGAUUGGGUGUAACCCAUAAUGGCCAACCUUCCCAAGAACCAACAGCAUUACUAAACGUCAAAGACGAGCCAACUACAUACGGCAAUAGCACAACACCACCUAGGCAGGAUCUUAAAACCUUAGAAACUAACAAAAUCAAUGAACACCAUUCAUCAGACUACAUUAGCAAAAAAUCCCGUAUUAAUUAUGAAACUGAAAACCCGCUUGAGUUUGGAGAUGAUAUCGGAUAUAAUGAAGAUGCUGAGGAAGAGGUUGUCCUGAAAACUUCACUAAAAUACUACCACAUUCCAAUACCUCCAAACAGCACAUUCACUGCAUCAAUGUUCAGCCAGAUACGUGACACACUCAUUCAAGCGGGACAGCUCGGACCUGUUAUGCUUCAUUGCUCAGAUGGGCGUAGAGUUGCGUACUUUGGUGUGCUGGCAGCCGCUAUACACGAGGGGCAUGACCUCAACUGGGCUCUCAAGAGGGUCCAGGAACUGGGCUUUGAAGUGAGCCCUGACGUGCAGCCAGACGUGUAUAAGAUGUACUGCGAAUCCUUUGAGCAGUCACACAGCUUUAAGAACGAGGAGUUAUAACAGGAAAUCUACUUUUAAAUGCUGCUUAACCCUUGACCCCUUAGAUACGUAUUUUUACGCAUUUGUAGUCCCUUAGAAAGUUAAAUAUAACUUAAGACCUUACUUCCAAGAUUCAAGUUAAAGGCAUCAUUUCCAACCCAUAGAUACUGAUGAGGAGCAAACAGCAUAAAACCUGAAUAGAGUGCGAGUUACUCGCAGGAUGUUCUGGUUUUAUGCUGUUUGCACAUGGCCAUUUUCACUUAGCUUCUGAGAGGGAAAGGGUUAAGUGGUGUUGUUAGCGUCUGAAUUUUUAUUAUGGUAUUUUAAUGUUAGCAUAUAAUGAUUAUAAACCAGUAUUUUAAUGUUACUUUGUUAUGUCUGCAUACAGUAAUACAAGUUGUUAAAAGGCAUUUUAAAAAGUGCAUUUCAAGUUUUAGUGCUUUUACUGUUUCUAGUUGUUUGAUACGCCCUUUUAAAAAAUGGAGCAUCUAAUGCAGGCCUUUGCCCAGAGUUUUGUUCGGGCAAAGCAGCAGGGCUUUACUAUAUUAACAGUUAUUAUAUGUUAAUGUUAUUUGUAUUUAUUUAGCUUGUGCUUUGAAGACAGUAGUCUUUUUAGCUCACCUGAGCACAACGUGUUCGAGUUUUCGAAAAAUGGUUCUUGUUCGGUGAAAAACAUGGCUGCCAGGGGACUUGGCAGAUUUCCUUAUAUGGCUAUACUGAAACCUUGUUUACACUCUCGAAGUUAAAUGUAUCUUCCAAUUUUCAUGAAACUUGGUCAGAAAAUUUGUUCUUAUGAUAUCUGGGCCAAGUUCAAAAAUGGUUUGGGUUUCUUGAAAACAUGGGCCCCAGGGGGGCUGUUCAGUUUUCCAGUUUUCUUUAUAUGGAUUUUGUAAAACCUUGUUAAUGCUCCAAUGGCCACAUUUAUUGGCCAAUCUUCAUUAAACUUGAUCAGAACAUGUGUCCUAAAUAUCGGCCGAGUUUGAAACUGGGUCAUUUGAUCACCAAAAUAGGUCACUAGGUAAAAUUACAAAGUAUGUUUGUACUCAUGAAGUCACUUUCUUUGCCGCUUAUGAAUGUCUUUCAGAAUAUUUUUUUGUAACCAUAUCUCAGGAGAGUUAAAAAAUAUCAAUAAGCCUACAAAUUAAAUAUGUAUGUUUUCCUAAAGUACUUUCAUUAUUUUGAAGGAUUAUUUAUGUUUUUCAGAAUAGUUUAGUUCCUCUUGUUUAUUGAUAUAUUAAUUGUUGUUGCAUAAAACCAAAUGUGCCAUAACCGAACGUUAUUCAUUAUUUGAAUUGUUCAAAAUACACACUAAUCAAAGUCUUUUUAGCUCAACUGAUUGCUCAGGUGAGCUUUUGUGACCGGUCUUUGUCCGUCCUAUGUCUGUCCGUCCGUCCGUAAACAUUUGCUCGUAAACACUCUAGAGGCCACAUUUCUUGUCCCAUCUUCAUGAAACUUGGUCAGAAGCUUUGUCUCAAUAAAAUCUCGGCUGAGUUCGAAACUUGGUUCAAUUGAUGUCUCGGACGAGUUCGAAAAUGGUCGAGAUCAGUGAAAAAACAUGGCCGCCAGUGGGGCAUUUUUCUCUAUAUGUAUAUAGUGGCAGUUUUCCCUAUUUGGCUAUAGAGAAACCUUGUAAACACUCUAGAAGUCACAAUUUUUGCCCAAUCAUCAUGAAAGUUGGUCAAAACAUUGGUUUUAUUGAUAUCUCGGACGAGUUUGAAAAUGGUCGGGAUCAGUGAAAAAACAUGGCCUCCAGUGGGGGGGGGGGCAUUUUUCUCUAUAUGUAUAUAGUGAAAACAUGUAACCCUAUUAACCCCUAUUGAUUUUCAGGUCACUAGGUCAAAGGUCAAGGUCACGAUGACCAAAAGCAGUAAAAUGGUUUCCGGAUGAUAACUAAAGAACGCAUAUGCCUAGGAUCAUGAAACUUCAAAGGUACAUUGAUCAUGACUUGUAGAUGACCCCUAUUGAUUUUCAGGUCACUAGGUCAAAGGUCAAGGUCACGGUGACCCGAAAUAGUAAAAUGGUUUCCAGAUGAUAACUCAAGAACGCUUAUGCCUAGGAUCAUGAAACGUCAUAUGUACAUUGAUCAUGACUCCAAUAUGACCCCUAUUGAUUUUCAGGUCACUAGGUCAAAGGUCAAGGUCACGUUGAUCCGAAAUAGUAAAAUGGUUUCCAGAUGAUAACUCAAGAACGCUUAUGCCUAGGAUCAUGAAACUUCAUAGGUACAAUGAUCAUGACUCGCAGAUGACCCCUAAUGAUUUUCAGGUCACUAGGUCAAAGGUCACUGUGACCUGAAAUAGUAAAAUGGUUUCUGGAUGAUAACUCAAGAACGCUUAUGCCUAGGUUCAUGAAACUUCAUAGGUAUAUUGAUCAUGACUCGCAGAUGACCCCUAUUGAUUAUCAGGUCACUAGGCCAAGGUCACAGUGCCAAAAAACGUAUUCACACAAUGGCUGUCAAGGUCACGGUUACUCAACUUAGAAAAAUGGUUUCCGGAUGAUAACUCAAGAAUGCUUACGUCUAGGAUCAUGAAACUUCAUAGGUACAUUGAUCAUGACUGGCAGAUGAAAUAAUGAUGAAACUUGACCAGGAUGUUUGUCUGGACAAUAUCUAGGUCAAGUUUGACUUUUGGUAAAGAUUAAAUGAACUGACUCCUCUCAGGUGAGCGAACUAGGGCCAUCUUUGCCCUCUUGUUAAAUAUAUUUACUAUACUAUUUUGAUAUGUUUAACUGUUAUGUAAUGCAAUACAAAUGUCUAUUUAUGUCUGGAAAGUCAACAGAAAACAACAUAAUACAUUUAUGUAAAAAGAAAGUUUUCCCUUUACCUUUAUUUAAUCAAUUAACAUUUAAAAUUCAUAUAAUUUAUUUGUUCAACAUUAUGUACUUUGAUGUUUAUUGAUUUCACUAACUUUUUUACUUAACUGAAAGUUGCAACAAAGAAUUCAAUUUGAGCAUUUGUCUAAAAAGAAUUUUUAUAAUUAUAAAUAUUUAAUGUGCUUCUUAAUCAAAUUAGGAAAUAACAUUCAAUAUGCAAGAUUUUUUUUAAUUUAUACACCUGAAACAUCUUCUAUGCAUGGGAUGUUUAGUUAUGUUUGAAUUUAAUGUAAAAUAAUGUUAAGUUAUGGUAGAUAUACCAAGCAUCUCAAUAGUAUACUGUGAUCCAUUUUCAAAUUGUUAGUAGUGCUGGAUUGGUCAUUGACGGCUUUGGUACUACUUAAAUGUACCCCAGGUAAUAUUUAGAAUACUUAAAUGUACCCCAGGUACAGAAAAUAUUCUGGGCUAAUUUAGACUGUACCUGAAAUUUGUAUUCCCGCCCCAAAUCGUAAAAUGCUCUACGGAAUAUGAAACAAACUUCUCAUUGCCUCCACAUACUUUUUUAGUAAGAUUUUUUAGGUAAUAUAGAGGCCAUUUUACAAAAUAAGGACAUAAAUAUGAACAUUAUUUAUUUGAAAAAAAAUCCUGGGUAGGUUUCAGUAUAUACUUCGAACCUGUUGUACAUUUAAGUAUAUUUAAGAGUACCCAGGGACCAUUUAAGAAGCACCCAGGCGGACAAUUACCAAUUGAGCAUUAGUACUUAGUAUUAUAAGUUAGUUAUUUGCUCAAUAUAGAACUUGUUAUGACAAUAUGAGAAUUAGACAUUCAUUGAUGAUGGUGUUCUUAAACUGUUAUUUGAAAUAUUUGCAAAAUAUUUUUAGCUCAUUUAGUCUUAUCUUCAAUGGUAUGUCCUUAUUUUCUUUUCUUUUUUGUUGAAGUUAGAAAACAAUGUUCACAAAACAUAAUUUUGCUGUUAAUAUUAACUCUUGUUGUAACAAAUAUAUUCUCCACUUUGAUUUGUUUAAAACUUCCAAAGUUGACAUCUGAACUCUUGCAUUAUGUCAAUUUCUAUGAAAUUCCUUUACCCUUAGAUCAUAAUGCCCUUUGCAUGCUGGGAAAUUUGUCUUCUGCUAAAACGUCGUCUGCUGAAUUUCUAAAAUUAGCAUUUUCUUCGAUUUUUUUCAAAGAAUACUAUCAGAAUAGCAAACAGUUAUGGAUCCUGAUGAGACGCCACGUUCUGUGGCGUCUCAUCUGGAUCCAAACUGUUUGCAAAGGCCUUCAAAAUUCGGUUCCCGCACUGAAAGGGUUAAUUGUCAUCAUCAAAUAUAUUAUUAGUUUCCUCAUAAGAAAUUGGUAGUAAAUGAUUGCUUUAAAACAAACAAACCAAUCAGUUGCAACGAUUGUGAAAGGUAUGAUUGUAUUGCACAUAAAUAGUACCUGUUUGAUUAAUUGUGAUAAUUUUGCUUUCAAUGUUUGUUGAAGUAUCAAGCAUGGCGAAUAUACAGAUUAACAGAAUAACAUCAUUCCAUACUGCUGACCAAAAUUUCCCCAAAAAUAUGCCAAACUUACAAGAAACUCAAUACUUGGUUUAUUGAGUUUAUUAUACAGCAAUUUAGUUCCAAUUUUAAUUAUAAUAAUUAAUUAUAAUAUAAAUUUUAAAAAGCAAUUAAACAUGCACUUAUAAACAAUUAGUAUACUGUUAUUUAUAAUCAUGUUAACAAUAUUCAAUUUUUCCGAAUAUCAUGGUCUAUCGCGCUUUUAUUUUCCCAAUAAAAAAAGGCACAGGAUGUAUAAUAUAAAGCAAAACAAAAUCACUGAACAUCAUAGAAUACUGCUAUACUUCUUACUAAGUUUGACAACCUUUUGAUUUUACAGUUCAUGUUUAUAUAGUUACUGCUCAUACUUAGACUCAGGUCUUGUAUUUUAAGACUUGUACAAGUCUCUGAUAAUGUUUAUAGAUUUUAAUUACCAACUUAAUGCUUGUGCUAGACAUGUGUGUUCACGCAUGUUUUCAAUCAGCUGGUGUUAAAUGAAAUUUGUCAUUGUGGUAAGCAAGUUGUACGAGUUGGAUUUGUGAUUGUAUGGUAGUUAUUUACUUAUCUCGUAUAUUUAUAAAAAAUCUGACUUUGUAUGUUCUUAGUAAAUCAUGUAUUGUUGAUUUGAUCAACAUAAUUUCACAGCACAAUUUUGUUGAAAUAAAUCUGUCUCCAGUUCAUAAAAAUGAUUUAAAGGAAUCUCGAAAAACUAUUGCAAAUUAAUUGUCUUUUUGCUGUCUUUUUGUGUAAUAAGUUGUCUUAUUUCUAAACAUAACGUGUCUGUUUUAGCAAAACCCUGUACUUUUUGUAGUUCUAUAUCUUUCCAAGACAUGGAUCACAGUUUGGCUUAGAUAUGCUGCUACUCCUAGCACUCUAGUGAUUGCCUGUAAACACAAGCCCAAUCACAAGGUAACCGUGCCCUUGACAUAAAUUCUGUGUUUGCCUUUACAUGAUAAAAUCUAAUAGUAUGUUAAGAUCUUGUUUGUUAGAGAUGUGACUUUGUAACACAUAUCUCUUUGUUCAUAAGAGUGUUAUAUCUACAAAAUGUUCUUGUCUUGCAUAAGAUAAAUGUUUUGAUGAUGGUUAUGGAACUUUGUCUUUUAACAAUAUUGAAAUAAAAAAUACAACAAAUUGA